UUUAGAGGCCUCAUACGGUUGAUAGCCAAUGGAAUGACCGCUUAUCCAAUCUCUUAUCCAGACAUCUAUCUUCUUCAAUAUUGAUUGCACUCCUCAUUCUUCAAUAGAAGGGCAACCCGCUUUCUCCAAAGGUAGCAAAAAAGAAAGGAAAGAAAAUAUCAGAUUCUGUGCCAGUCAUGGCGGCGUCUCUGGCAUCAGGAUCGGCUCUGCUCCAACCCACUAAGCUCACCAUUCCCCGGAGCUCGAUUUCGUCAUCAGCAUCAUCGCACGUGUGUAAGGCCCUGGGUUCGAAACCCGCCAGCUCCAGAAUUUCAUGCUCACUGCAAGAGGAUGUCAAGGACUUUGUUGAGAAGUUCGUCGAUGCAUCUAAAAUGGCUGCUUUUGCACUCGCCACGUCAGCACUUGUCGUGUCUGGAGCAAGCGCAGAGGGAGCACCAAAGCGCCUAACUUUCGACGAGAUCCAGGGCAAAACCUACCUGGAAGUAAAAGGCUCCGGCACAGCCAAUCAAUGCCCCACAAUUGACGGUGGGGUGGACAAAUUCGCCUUCAAGCCUGGCAAAUACGAGCUGAAGAAGCUCUGCCUGGAGCCCACGUCAUUCACAGUGAAGGCCGAGGGCCUGAGCAAAAACGCCCCGCCAGACUUCCAGAAGACCAAACUCAUGACACGUCUGACGUACACGCUGGACGAGAUUGAGGGCCCGCUGGAGGUGGCGCCAGAUGGCAAGAUCAAAUUCGAGGAGAAAGACGGCAUCGACUACGCGGCAGUGACAGUUCAGCUGCCAGGUGGCGAGCGUGUGCCAUUCCUCUUCACCGUCAAGCAGCUCGUGGCCUCCGGGACGCCCGAGAGUUUCGGAGGGGAGUUCCUUGUACCCUCUUACAGAGGUUCCUCUUUCUUGGACCCCAAGGGCAGGGGUGGCUCCACUGGUUAUGAUAAUGCCGUGGCUCUGCCAGCUGGCGGACGUGGUGAUGAGGAGGAGCUGCUUAAGGAGAACAUUAAGGACACGUCAUUCUCCACGGGGAAGAUAAAUUUGAGUGUGAGCAAGUCGAAGCCUGAAACAGGGGAGGUGAUUGGGGUGUUUGAGAGCAUUCAGCCUAGUGACACUGAUUUGGGGGCCAAGACUCCUAAGGAAGUUAAGAUUCAAGGUAUUUGGUAUGGACAAAUUGAGUAAGGAAGGGAUAAGCUUCUCGUUUCUCUGUGUUUUCCAUGUAAUGGAACCAAACUUUUAACUAUCUUUAUCAUAAAUUUGUACAUUUUUGUUGUCA